AUGUUUUUCCUGUCGAUGCUGGCCAUCGGCACAUCCCUAGUCGCUGCACUCCCGACGCCUGUUCAAAAACGGACGGAUUGCACGUUUACUUCUGCGGCCAGCGCCAUCGCUGGCAAGAAGUCCUGCUCCAGCAUCGUUUUGGAAGAUAUCCAUGUCCCCGCCGGAGAAACUCUGGACCUGUCGGACUUGGAGCCCAAGACCAAGGUUGUCUUCGCAGGCGAAACCAGCUUCGGUUACAAGGAAUGGGACGGUCCAUUAAUCCGCGUGUCGGGCUCGAACAUCGUCAUCGUCGGUACCACGAAUCACACCAUCAACGGCGGCGGAGAGCGGUGGUGGGAUGGCCAGGGCACAAAUGGAGGGAAGACGAAGCCGAAGUUCUUCUACGCGCAUGGUCUAGACAACUCGCUCAUCGCCGGGCUGAACGUGAAGAAUACGCCCGUGCAGGCGUUCAGUAUUGAAUCGAACCAUCUACUCCUCACCCAUAUCACGGUUGACGACUCCGACGGCGAUGAGCUUGGUGCUCACAAUACCGAUGCCUUUGAUGUCGGAGAUUCUACUCACGUUACCAUAAGGAAAGCGAAUGUCCGUAACCAGGACGAUUGUCUUGCUGUGAACUCUGGCUCGAAUAUUUUGUUCACAGGCGCCUACUGCUUUGGUGGACAUGGGCUCUCCAUCGGCUCCGUAGGUGGGCGUUCGAACAACAAAGUCGAGAACGUCAAGAUCGAAAAAUCCACCGUGGUCAAUUCGCAGAACGGCAUCCGCAUCAAGACGGACUACAAGCAGACAGGUCUUGUGUCUGGCGUCACGUUUUCAAACAUCCGCUUGUCCAACAUCUCGGACCAUGGCAUUGUUAUCGAGCAGGACUAUGAGAAUGGCAGCCCGACUGGCACGCCGACUACGGGAGUUUCGAUUACAGACUUGACCAUCGAGAAAAUCACGGGCUCCGUGCACAGCGAUGCGGCGCCGGUUUAUAUCUUGUGCGGAGAUGGGAGUUGUUCGGACUGGAAGUGGAGGGAUGUUGAUCUUAGCGGUGGACAGGCCAGUGACAAGUGUGAAAAUGUGCCUCAUGGCAUUGAGUUUCUCCUCCUAGGCGGCCACGGCAAAGUGGCCCUCCACUUGACACCGCUGCUCUUGAACCGGGCAUGGCACGUUACUAGCGUUGUCCGCAACCCCGAGCAUGAGAACGAGAUUCUAGCGUUGGGCAAAGGCCGCAAGGGCAAAUUGGAUGUGCUGAUCUCGAGCCUGGACCAGGUGAAGAGUGAAUCGGACGCUCAGAAAAUACUAGACGCAGUGUCCCCGGAUUAUGUAGUUUGGUCGGCCGGAGCCGGCGGCAAAGGCGGCCCCGCAUCUACAAUCGCAAUUGACCAAGAAGCAGCGAAGCACUUCCUCGGCGCAUCCUUCGCCUCCACUUGCGUGAGCAAGUUCCUAAUGGUAUCUUAUCUUGGCAGCCGGACCAAGCAACCAGCCUGGAUUUCCGACGAGGACUGGGCGGCUAUCAUGCGGGUCAACACAGAGGUGCUGCCCACCUAUGCGAAGGCCAAGAUAGAGGCCGAUGAGUACAUGACCGCGCUGGCAGCGAAGCGCAAAGCCGAUCCAUCGGCGCGUCCGUUCCAGGCUAUUAACCUGCGUCCUGGGACUCUGACUGAUCAGCCGGCGACGCGGAUGGUGGAUCUGGGUAGGACAAGGGGUAAGGGGAGUGUGACCCGUGAGGAUGUUGCUAUUGUUGCAGAUCAGUUGCUUGCUAGGGCUGAUACCGAGGGGUGGAUUGAUCUUAUUAACGGGGACUUGCCCGUUGAUGAAGCCGUUGAGAAAGUUGCGAGGGAGAAGAAGGAUGCGGUUGAGGGGGAGGAUGUUGAUGGUAUGGUUAAAAGGUUUUUCUCUUAG